CGAGCGGGAGCGAGAAAGAGGAAACGGCAGAGACUGUAACCCCUCGAAAAUUUCGCGCACACUUAAACACUAUUCAUUCUCCAAAUUCUGUAAAAUUUCUCCGUAAUCAACAUUUUUUGUAUUUGAUCUUUGAAGAUUAUUCGAUUUUCCAUCGGUACACACGGAGAUUCCAAAUCAGUCCUCCGCCGGACUGCUAACAGCGGCGAGGCGUAGUUAAUUUUUGUGAUUUGGGAGGGGUAAAAUGGGGAAUCAGAAGGUGAAGUGGACAUCGGAGGAAGAGGAAGCCCUAAAAGCGGGAGUGGUGAAGCACGGCACCGGCAAGUGGAAGAACAUCCUCAUAGAUCCUCAGUUCGCGCCUUACCUCAUUAAUCGUUCUAACAUCGACCUCAAGGACAAAUGGCGGAACAUGAGUAUUAGCUAUGGACAGUGUUCUAGAGAAAAAUCUAAGGCUUCUAGAGUAAAAACAAUUUCAUCUGAAGCUCUCUCCACUCCCACCACUGAAAACUUAGUUGCCGAGGCUGAUGCUGUUGAUGAUUUUUCCAGAAGCCCAAGGGACGCUAGAAAUGCUCCAGGGUACACAACCAUGAUAUUUGAAGCACUUUUAUCGGUCAAAGACUCCAAUGGAUCCAAUAUUGGUGCUAUUGUGGAAUUUAUUGAGCAAAAGCAUGAAGUGCCACAAAAUUUCAGACGAUUAUUGAGUUCAAAGCUGAGGAGACUUGUCUUGCAAGGCAAACUUGAGAAGGUCCACAACUGCUACAAGAUCAAAGAUGCGGCUUUGGGGAUGAAAACACCUAUGCCAAAACAAAAAGAUAUCAGACCAAGGCCAGUACAGAAUUCUGGAUUAGUCAUUUCCGCUGAAACAGUGGAAAACGCUGCUAUGAUUGCUGCCUACAAGAUUGCCGAGGCAGACAACAAAUCAUUCGUGGCAGCAGAAGCAGUUAAAGAGGCUGAAAGGGUCUCAAUAAUGGCCGAAGAUGCAGAUUCGGUAAUGUUGCUUGCGAAAGAGAUUUUUGAGAAAUGUUCAAGAGGUGAAACCGUUCGCUUAGCAUAGUCAUCGAAUAAGUUUCAUUGACAUGCUAAAUUCAUAGUGUAAAUAAAUUUAGUUGAUAAUGGAGACAUUCUUCGGUUUUAUAGCUGCGUGUGGGAACUAUUUGCGCUAGUUCGAAGGAAACAAGCUUAAGCUCUUUGUAGAUCUGAGUGCCGGUUUCUUAUUUUGCUAGUAUUUUAUGAACCGUUGCUCAUCUACCCUUCUAUGACUAACUUUUAGCUUUGAAAUAUUAGUUGCUUGUUGAAAAUA